GUUCAGUGAGAGGAGUGGGAGACUCCUCAGGCACUCAGCAGUGGAGCGACUCUGGCAGCCGCGGCGGCCGACUCUCACCAUCCAAAGUCCCGCUUUCAGUAACCGACACCGCGCUGCCGAUGCGCCCAGUCGCCAUCACACCCGGUUCCCUCGCACCUCCGCCGAGAGCUCGUACAGUCGCCCGGGAAAGCCUGUCCACAUCAACUCGCUUCUGAAAACACACUGUGGACUUCAUCAUACGACACCAAGUAGUACUUUACCAUCCGUUUCUGAAUGACGGGCGGUCGGUUCGACUUUGACGAUGGUGGCACCUACUGCGGAGGCUGGGAGGAGGGCAAAGCCCACGGCCACGGCGUUUGCACGGGACCCAAGGGCCAGGGCGAGUACUCGGGCUCCUGGUCCAAUGGUUUUGAGGUGGUCGGCGUCUACACCUGGCCCAGCGGGAACGUGUACCAGGGCUACUGGGCGCAAGGGAAACGCCACGGACUCGGUGUAGAGAACAAGGGGAGGUGGAUUUACCGGGGAGAGUGGACACACGGGUACAAGGGCCGGUACGGAGUCCGGCAGAGCCUGAACACACCUGCCAGGUACGAGGGCACCUGGAGUAACGGACUGCAGGAUGGCUACGGCGUGGAGACGUACGGUGACGGAGGUACGUACCAGGGUCAGUGGACCGGUGGGAUGCGUCAUGGCUACGGUGUACGUCAGAGUGUCCCGUACGGUAUGGCCUCUGUCAUCCGCUCACCUCUACGAACCUCGCUGGCUUCCCUCCGCAGUGAGCAGAGUAAUGGUACAGUGCUGCGUGACAGCCUUUCUGACAGCCCUGCCGGCACACGUGGCGGUUUCGUGCUCAACUUCCACUCAGACGGAGAGGGUUCAGAGAAGAAGAAGGGUCUCUUUCGCCGCGGCUCCCUCUUCGGCAGCCUUCAGCGACUGCGCAAAUCCGACUCGCGCUCGUCAAUUUCCAGUAAGCGCAGCUCAGCGCACAGCGACACCACCAUGAGCCGCAUCAGUUCAAGCGACGCCAACUCCACCAUUAGCUUUGGAGACGGAGACCCGGGCGAUGACUACCUGACUCAGGAAGACAAUGUGGAUGCCACCACCACCGAGUCCUACAUGGGCGAAUGGAAGAACGACAAGCGCAGCGGCUUCGGUGUCUCUGAGCGCUCCAACGGCAUGAAGUACGAAGGUGAAUGGUUGAACAAUAAGCGCCAUGGCUAUGGCUGCACCAUCUUUCCUGAUGGCACCAAGGAAGAAGGGAAGUACAAGAACAACACGUUGGCCCGGGGAAUCAAGAAGCACCUCAUCCCGCUGAAGAACACCAAGACCAAACAGAAGGUGGAUCGGGCCAUCGAAGGAGCAGUAAGAGCAGCAGCCAUCGCCAAAACCAAAGUGGAGAUUGCCAUCUCCAGGACGUCCCAUGCUCGGGCCAAAGCAGAGGCUGCAGACCAGGCUGCACAGUCGGCCAGUCAGGACUCAGACAUCGCCAGAGCAGUGGCCAGAGAGCUUUCCCCGAGCUUCCAUCAGCCAGGCCCUGACUACGUACGGCAGAAGUACAAUGAGCCGGUGGAGGUGAAGGAGGCUCCCGUGGAGGAGAAGAAGGAGAAGUCUCCAUCAGGGAGCCCUCACUUCUACCGGAAAGGAACCACACCCACCCAGUCUCCAUCUCAGAGCCCAGUUCCCAGCCCCACCCCUUCACCCAUUGCUGUUAAGAAGUCCCUCUUCAGCAGCAAAGCUACAACCGCCGCCGCCUCUUCCGCAAAGCCUGCUGGGAAAGAGAACAGAACCCCAACAGCUGAGUCUUUGACAGCAGGCAUAACAAAGGCAGCAUCAAAACUUUCUCUCAGACAGGAAGUGAGGCAGCAGGAGGCUCAGUCAGGAAUCAGCAGUUACCCCAGCAACGGGCAGAUUCACUCCCAGUACCACGGUUACUACGUCAAAGCAGACGUCAAGAGUCCCCUGCCCGACGAGCCGAUGGGUGUAGAAGACGACUUCCACCCAUCGAGCCUUGCACGGCUGCCGCCACCUGCCAAACCGAUUCAGACGCCAGCGCUGAAAUCCCUGCCGACCCCCAGUCCUUCACCGGCCCCUCCAAAAGAGAGCACCAAAGCACCAGAGCCCCUCAAGCCUAAAAGACAGGAGUCAAGCAAACCAAAGAGCCUCGCAGAAACCAAGAAAGCUAGUCUGGAAAUAGCUUCUGAUGUAGUAGAGGAGGAGUCGGGUCCUAACUCUAUACUGGUGGCUCUCGUGAUGCUAUUGAAUGUAGGUCUAGCUAUCAUCUUUGUCCAUUUCCUCACCUGACCAAACCUCGACUCAGUGGACUCAUCCAAACUAGUCGCCCGAGCUGCUAACCCUCCAUCAGCCAGAGGGGCCUUUAAAAAAAAAAAAAAAAAAAAAAAUGACACCAGUCAGAACGGCAGACAUGGGCAAAACGGAGGACUGAAAAUAGACUAGUGAAGAAGGAGGACGAGAAGAAAAGUGUGGAGGAUGAGAGAGAGAGAGAGAGAGAGAGAGAGGAAAAAGCAGAGAGAGAGAAAGAUGAAACCUCCACCACCUACAACCCGACCCACCCCACCACCACCCUACCCGACCCCACCCUCUCUCUGGACGGACUGUCUUUGGUGCUCGAGUCCCAACCUGAUUGGACUGGCGAUGAUUUGUGACUCCACUCAGAGUGCAGUGAAAGCUGAAGCAAGCAGUUGGCCACUGAGCCUCAGUUAUGGAUUCUCUAUCAGGGUUAGAAAUAACAGGAGGCCUGGAGAGGAGUGGAGUGGAUGUGAGCGAGCGUGAGGCCUGGCAUCUAUACUGCCAAUAAAAGCCUGUUUGUGUGUGUGUGUGCGUGUCUGUGUGUGUGUGUGUGUGCGCGUGUGUGUGUGUGUGUGCGUGCACGCUCUGUGUAUGGCUCCAUUUCCAUCCAACUGUUCGGCAAAUAUGGAAGUUUUGAAAUGCUGCAAUAAAAAGUUUGUGCCUCGUCCAGCUGAGUUGAAGAGAAUUUGUUUCCUAAAUGAUCCAACAGAAGAAGAAGAAGAAGAGAGAGCGAGCGAGAGAGAUAGGGAGAGAGAGAGAGAGAGAGCACCUCAACAGGGUCGCCUUCCUCAGUUUGAAUGAUGUUGGUCCCUAUUCAGCUUAACCACCGUAAGACACAGGACUCCCACUGCGGAGAGACACAGUCAGGUGAACAUGUCUGAGCUGUAGUGCACUUUAAUUGAACCAGGCCUUUAUUGUUGAAGUCAGUCGACGCCUCUCUUCUCUGCUGCAGCGCCUGUUGUCAGAAAACACUUCCUGCUUCCAGUGAGCACCAAUGUUUCUGUUCAAUUCUGCUCCUUUUCUCUCCUACAUAAAAAUCCACACUAAGAUAUUUGGAUGGAAACCAAGCUUGUGUGUAUUUUACACGUGUGUCUGCUUCUGCUGUAUCUGUGUGUGUAUGUGUUUGUGUGUGUGUGUGUGUGUGUGUGUGUGUGUGUGGGUGGUGGAGUGGAUAUGUUCGCAGAUGCACUUUGAGCUGAUGGAAGCCAACAGCUGCCUUACCGUUUUACAGGAUGACGUGUUGGUGGGUGAGAAGGGCCCGGGCAGGAAUGUGAAGCUCUUGGCUGACUCUCCCUCUCGUCCCGGGCCCCGCUCCGGGAGAGCGGCUCUAUUUCUAUCAGUCCGUCUAUCGAUCUGUUCAUAUCUGUUUUUAUCUGUUUCCGUGGGUCUCAGCACCCGCUGCUUUCUGCACCGCGUCAGGUGCCCGUUAGACAAUCAGAGGGGGAAACUUAACCGUAGCCUCAUAGUUUGUUUUUAUUGACAAUUCUCCCAUGGUGCAUUUCCUACUUUCCUGCAGCCACUUUUGUAAGAGUCGAUGUCAGAGUUGUCAUUUCGGAGCGAAAUUCCUCCUUGAAUGAAUGACAGACAUGAUCGUAUUGUUUCUGUCUGCUUUGCUUCAACCAUGAGUUUAUGUUUCUAGAUUUUCAUUCAUGUUCCCACAGUCCUCACUCCUGUGGAGCUUAAUUUAACCCUGGCUCGCGUAUCCUGUUUAUGAUGGAGCUUGGAGUGUGACAACUGUACACAGCACCCUAAGCCCAGUUUAAUACAUUUAGAUCACUCCCUCCGUGUGUCCCUACACUCCCAGGUUCAUGAGCUUUUGAAUUUUAAAUCAAGAUUCCUCUUAACCUGAAUUACUGAAUUCAUCAAGUCAUUUUUAGUCUGCAGUGAGCUUGGGAACUCUAGUGAAAUCAGUAUCUUCAUAGGAAAACUGUGUGGAUGUGAAUAAAGUCAGCGAGCAGUGUGAAGCUGUUUCAGUUACACUGCAGUAGUUGUCACUUCAGGAAACUAAAAACUCUGACUGGUCAGCGACAGUAACAGUUGAAUUAUAAAGUGAUUAAUGAUUAACUGGACUGGGUUAGAAGAUGCCAGGUUUGACCUGAUUCACCUCACACUGUGGUCUGCUUCAGUCUGAACCAGGAGCUGGUUUCACAAAGAGACAGUCAGGCUUCAGAUAGACUAAGUCUAAAUUCAUGUGUUGCACACAGCAGUUUGGUUCUUGCCUUAUCUUAAACUUGACUGUGGUACAAGGAAUUCUGGGUAAUUUAAGACUUUUUUUCAAAAAAAAAAAAAAUGGCUGCACAGCAUCCAACUGCUCAGCUCCAUCACCCCAGCAGAAAACAUUUGUCUACUGGAAGAAUUCAACAGUUGUAAAGACGUUUUAUUCAAACAGUGAAACAAUAAAAAAAAUUUAAAAAAUCUGAUUUGGAAAAAAAAAUUGCAGUCUCUAAAACCUCUGUCCCUUCUCAUUGCUGGUAUUAUGAGCCAUGUUUUCCUGUUUUUUGUUGUUGGGUGCUACUGGUCGGCGCAGGUGUCAUUGAUUGUUACCAUGGUAACAUAGGUAACACUGGCCCAAGUUAGGCUUAAAAUGAGUCAGUCUUUAUUUUUGUCUUGACUAACAUUAGACUGCACCAAUACUACAGACCAGCCUGAAAUAUCUUUGUGAAACUAGCUCCAGGACGAGUUGGUACUCGGUGUAGGAUGUUCCCCCAUCAAAACAUAAAGUCAGAUGAUCAGAGAGACGCACGGUGAAAACCUCUACUGAUUAAAACUCAGUCAGUUUUUAAAAUCUUGUUCUUGAUUAAAAAAAAACCUGGUGUCCAGAUCUCAGUCUCCUCUUCCGAAACCAACACUGACAGCAUCACCUGAGGCGUCACGGUGACCAGGUCCUGCUCCAGUAGAGGGAUAUUCAGAGGCACUGACUACAUGACUGUGUCGUCCACUGUACAAUGACAGACGUGUGAAAUGUAUCAGUAUGCAAAAACAUGUGAAUCAUGUACAACACAGUUCUUCUGUCUUUGAACUAUAUUUUAUAUAGCUUGUUAUAUUUCGGAAUAUGCAACACACUGUACACGGUGCAACUGUGUAACAGAGCUGACAGCUGAAGGGCUUAUUUACCUUAAUCAUGUCAGUUUCAGACCGACUGUGUUGAAUGAAGUUUUUGUACCAUUUCAGUUUGUGUUACUGUAUUUUUGUAUUUUUACCAUCAGUUGUAUGGCAGAGCCUUUGUCACCAUGCAGUAUUAAAACUUUGAAUUACUGCCAACACCUGUGGUUUUAGUAACACACACAAUCAAGGAAUCCUUCAAUUCAAUUGUUUGCUAUUUGGUUUAUGGUGUUUUCACCUUCACAGCAUAAAUGCUACAAAACAUAAAGAUGUGAUUCAGAAUAUAUAUAUAGAUAGAUAUAUAUAUAUAUAUAUAGUAUUUAUUUAUUUAUUUAUGUUUUAAUGUGAAAACAUGUUUUGCAGCUUUAACCAAUAAAACAAUUUGUUCGCUGAUUACGAUGAAUAACAGGCUUGGGCCGAUAUUCGAUAAUAUCAUAUAUCGCAAUAUUUCUCACCAAAUGGGAUAUUUAAAAAACUGCCAAAUAAAACAAAUGAAACUUUGAACUGCUGUUUAGUGGCAGCUGAAAGAUAAAAUACAAUAAUGGAAUUAUAUAUUAUAAAAAAAACCAAAAAUAACUGAAACAUAAAAUACAACAUUAUAUUAUAUUAUUAUACUAAGCGAUAUUUAAUAAUAUCGGAUAUCACGAUCUUUGGGCUGGACUGUAUGGAGAUAUUAAGUUUUGGAAAUCGCCCAAGCCUAAUGAAUACUAAUUCGUAUACAUACAGUAUACAGUCAGGUAUACUUUACAUGGUUUGAGAUUUAUUUUGUAAUUCUUUCAUUUUGUUAGUGAACACAUUCAGGAUUGGAUUCUGUAGAUUUAUUAGGUGGUUUAUGGUUCACAUUUAGAUGUAGAUUAAAAAGUUGGAUGAUGUUGAUCACUUUGUUUCUGUUGUAUGCGGUAUGUCCUGUUUGGAUUUGACCAGGCAGAAGGAAAAACUGGGAUUCUGAUUGGCUGGAGGGCGUGCACAUCUGUAACGUCUAAACACACAACUGGAGCACGACUGUCUGUCGGGGAUAGAGCAGCAGCUGUUUGUUCCAGACCAUAAAAAAAGUUUUUGAUGGUUUGAUUUUGAUGACGAUAUAACCUGAAUAAUCCACUCACCUGUGGGAUUAUGAGAAAUACCAGACUCUGUAGAAGCAGAGCUGCUGGUGUGCAAAUGCUGGUUUCAUCAUGAAGUAAUCAGCUACUGCGAACACGCACCAUGUUGAAUAUACUCAUGUAUUUGGAUGAAUGGUUUGAACUCUUAAGUUUACAGUGGGGAAAGAAAAAACGUUGUCUUAAACAUGUUUCCACCCUGAUGGCUGGAUUUAACUUAUUGUUGUUAUGAUAUGAUUGUGGUGCCUAGUUUAGCAUGCAGAUAUUGGCUGGUUUGGUUCCGUUAGUUUGUAAAAUGUAUAAAGUGUGCAUAUUCAAUCAGUUUGGGAAGGAUUGCAGAAGUUAAAGCAAAAGUCAGUGAGUGAAACUUUUAGUUUUCUUUCAUUAGUUUGCAGCUGCAUUUUUAGAUGAAUCUCUUAAUGAAAAGCUCCAUUCCCGUCUGUUUAUAAGAUCCCGCUGAACCUCCACCACAAACAUUCUCAUUCCUUCACUGUGUCCACUGUCUGCAGGGAAACAGCUUCUUCUUUCUUCUUGAACAGUAACAUAGAUGACUGAUGCAGCAGCAGCUAAUUACCAGCUGUAAUACGUCAGGAUAUUACAGAAGCCCAGAAAGGAAAAAUGUUUGCUUUUUGUUUGUUUGCUUUUUUUGCCAGCAUCAUUUUUUCUAAGUUGAUUUUCAUCUAUGAAAACAGAUGAAUUUUUUUCAUUUGCCCUGAGUUUUUUUUUUUUGUUUGUUUCAGUUUUUAGUUUUUAUUUUAGUGUGUGUUGUAAUACUAAUUUCAGCCUCAAGAGGCUGCAGUGCACCACUGCCCCAGUCCAAAUUAAAUCCAAAUCAUUCAUGUUUUUUUUCAGGUGAUUUUUAAUUUCUCCAUUUACUCUAAACACAAGGUUUGUAUAUGAUGUGUGUUAGCAAGUUAUGUAACAUUACUGUUUACUAGAAACAUUACUGUUUUAGCUAGAAAUGUAUUUAAAUCUUUCAGGUGGGAUAAAGAGUCCACACAAGCAACGAGCUGUGAUGGAAGAAUUGAUUACACACAAUUUGAUGAUGAGAGAAAAAAGAUCAUGGCCUUUCAGGGCUUCCAUAUUUAGGAAUAACAGUUGAGAAAUCUGCUGCUGCCUGUUCAUCUAAUAGUGUAAAUAGCUCAGAGUAUAUAGUGAAACUGAAAAUAUAAUCUGGAGAGUGUUUCCACCAAAGAUAAUUAGGAGAUACAGGACUUGGAUUUCAGAAACCAGGAGUAGAUAUUCGGCGUCUUUAGAUAUGACUGCAUUUGAAACUUUGAACUUUUCUUUGAGCCCCAGGAAAACAAACAGUCUCUGGUGGUCAUUCACAGAACUGCAGUUACAUCCAUAACUAUUUAAACUGUAAAGGGGCAUGUCCAAGCUGAAACAGGAUGUUAGUUGUUCUUUAAAAGGUAAUUACACCCUCAGAUUCUGUUGCAUACCUCUCUCCCGGCAGGAGGCGUUGCUGCAGAGGGUCAGGGGGACACGGCGGGGGGGGGGGGACAGUGUAGAUCAGGAAGAGCUAACCAGCUACAAGAAGCUACUAGAGACCUCCUUAAAAGGCUGGAAAAAAGUUGUUCAUCACAGUGGGAGAGGAACCAAACUAAACCUUCAAAUCAAAGUACAUGAUGUAGUUCCUCUUUAAGCAGGGUGAAGCCUCCAGCUAUACGUUACGAGGUUUUAAAUAUCACCUGAUAAAGUGGUGUACUGGAGCUUUUUGCUAAUCUGGAUUUCCUUACAUGUUAGAAAUCUAACUUUGGAAACCUUGAAGAGAUUUUCUUUUCCUAAAAGUGGUUUCCAGUUUGGAGUGGUCAAUCCCAGGAAGUGACCUUCCAGAGGGUUCAGUGAAAUUAAAAAGCCAUUAAGUGGGAAACAGCCAAUAGUUUGUAUAUAAGAAAAUGUAUUACAAAGGAAGAAGCUUUUAUUGUUUUUUCUUGUGGUUUUAUUUCUGUUCUAAAUCAGACGAGGGUAGAUAGAAGCAGCAGAGUUGAUGAGAUGCAGACACGAUGAAGAGAGUGUGUGAGCAGACCUCAGGUUGAUCAUGUGUGGAGUGUGUUGCCGAUGUAGUGAAAGAUGGAGCAAAGUGGACAGUGAUGGUGUCAGUGUGUGCAGCUGUGCGGCCGUUGGGGAACAGCUGUAUGAACAGGAGGUCUGUGACGGUGAACGUAAACAUGCUUCAUGUGCUGUGCCGUUGUACCUGGUGGAGGAGCGGUUCUGGUUAUUGGUGUCGUUGUAGGUGAAGUGAGUCAACAUUAUGGUUUUAAGUCUGAUCUCAGAACUGCAGUAAACCCACACUUCAGCAAAUUAGUCAAAGUUUAUAUCCCGGUCACACCAAAACAGUUUCAAUAAAACCUUGAUCAGGAUAGUUUUAUUACACUAUCCUUAGACUAUCCUUAAAAAAAAGAAAAAACACAAUUUUUUUCUGUAAUAAGUUGAAACUGACACUCACACUCACUUCUAAUCAUUUUGCCAGUUCAGAUCUUUGUGGAAUAAUCAACAGACUGACACAAGAGCUUUAAUUUCAAUACUUAACAGGAACAGAGUUUUGUUUCAUUGAGGUGUCAGUGUCUCAACAGCUCUGGCCACAGAUAUUUGUUUAUAUAUAUAUAUAUGUAUAUGUGUAUGAAAAAGCAGAAAAUGCCACAUACAUGUUAUUGAAGUUCCAUAUUUUCCUCUUCUCCUGUGUUUUAUUUGAAGUGUUGAUCCAUAAGAAGAUAUAUUUGUGGUUUUAAGAACCAAAAACCAUCUCAAUGUAGUUUUACAUCUCCUCUCUCAGGCUUCUCUCUGGAGCUCUAGAAACAACAGGUCAGUGAGCCAAUCAGAAGAGAGGAGGCUCUGAGCCUCUCUCCUGAUUGUCCUUCUGGGUGAUCCAAUAAAAAUAUAGCAGAUUUCAGGUAAACACUCAGAGAAACCAAAUCCUGCAAGGUUGGAUGGUGGGUCCAGGUGGGCGGGGCUUGGGACAUGGCUGAGAGCAGUGACUGCUUUGUUGUGACAUCACAAAGUUCCAGAAGUCCUGACGGCUGGUUUUAAGGCUCAGUGUCUGAAUACAGGCUGUGUGCAUUUCUCUGUGGGCUGAGGCUUUGAUACUUUCACAGUAUUAAUAUAGAACCUGGACAUGAUCUAUAAUCAAACAACACAUGGACAUCUGCCUUUAGACUGUAUGGAGCUUUAAUAAACUAUUAUGUGUGGCUAGCUCUAGCAUGUUCUUGGCUCUAGCGUGUCUCAAGCUGGCUGGAGUGUAAGUGGUCAUCUCACCAGCUUUAGUAGUAACGUAUAUAACGUAUAUACAAGCACAUAUCUUCACUGGACCACUUUCUGGUGUGACUGGGAUUUCAGGCUGUGUCCCAACAGACAAUAAAUGCAGAAGGGUUAUAAGUAUGAAGAUUCAAAACAUCGGUUGAGGAGCCUCAGAUUUAAAACUAAGCUUACAGUCCAACGUAUUGGAUCUGACAUGAAUUGCAAAGUAACUGUAACAGAGACGUGCACUGAUAGACUUUGACAUUAACAUACAGCACUGCAUCACCACAGACAGACUCCGGUGCUAUUUCCAGCCCGAACGCUCACUCAUCAGGAGGAAGUGUUCGGGCCUUCAUCAGUGUAGCUGAUGAACGCAGCUUGCCCUGAGGGAAAGCCUGUAACAGGACGGAGGUGAACUUUUUUUGCCUCUUUGCUGGAGUGUGGGUGUUGUUCAGGUUCCAGCAGAGAAAACACAAACAAGCCGCUUCACCCUGGUCUGACCUCAGGGAGGAGAAACGAGGUUGUUACAGAACGGGGUGGUUUGAGGAGGAAGAGAGAGGGCAGGUUUCACACAGCAGUGGUGUGAUGUUUGGUGAUGAAAUGAUUUUGGAGGGAAGGUGAGAGAAUGAGGAAGGUUUGAAACUGAACCUGGACAUAUUUAAUGACAGUUGUAAAACAGGUGGCGACACAUCCAGGUGGAGCCUCUAUUUGUACAGUAUAGUUUCUACUGACUCCGCUCAACGUGCCGUCGACAGACAGAUCUGUGAUGACAACCUUGGAUUUUCUACAUCACUGUAUAUUGUGUUUGGUUUUGAAGGCAUUUGAAAGCCUUUUUCUAAAAACUGUUCAUGACUGUACUUUGAAUAUUUGCUUUGCUGAACGCAACAUGUUGGCUGUUGCUGGUGAUACAGUACAAACACUGCUAUCACUUAUUAUACACUACAACAUUGUGUUUUUUUCUUCCUGUUUUGUUUGUGUUGUUUUUUUUGUUUCUAUGGAGAUAAAUUAAAAAGUGGGUUUACAUUUUA